CUGUCUGAGCCCUCAGUGCCAAGCCUGCUUUCAUAACAUCCACUCUCUUACACACUCACCCAGGACCCAACAAGCAGUCCAACACACACACUCACACACACACACAUACACACACACACACACAGCGUGAGUGAGCAGCUAUAAGACACAGCCCUCGAAAGCUGAAGGUCACUCAGAGAUCUAAACAGCCAUCAGGAUGGACGUUCUGAAGAAGGGAUUUUCCAUUGCCAAGGAGGGAGUGGUAGCGGCAGCUGAGAAGACCAAGGCAGGGGUGGAGGAGGCCGCUGCCAAAACCAUGGAGGGGGUCAUGUAUGUCGGUACGAAGACGAAGGAAGGUGUGGUUUCCAGCGUGAACACAGUUGCCCAGAAGACGACUGAGCAGGCGAAUCUGGUGGGCGAAGCCGCAGUAGCUGGAGCCAGUGAGGUAUCAGAGAAGGCAGUGGAAGGUCUGGAGUCUGUAGUGGCUUCUUCUGGACUGGUCAACCCGGCUGAACCGUCCCAAACUGAAGAAGCAGCAGCCCCAGCUGCAGACGCAGGACAAUAGGGUCGUUAUCUCUAACCCGGUGGCUUCUUGACAUGGUCUGUUGGGUGUUCAAGAGGAUAUAGCGAGAGGAGAGUUCAUGUUAACUGCAGUCAGUUCCCUACUGUUACUUGUGUUUUGAUCCCUCCAACAGCAAAGCUUUUUAGUGUGACUCGAAAAGCACUUCCCAAAUAGCACUGAUCUAUAAACGGCUGGAGUUGGGAGGAAAUAGUGGUAGUAUUACUGUAUGAUACCUGGAUGCCUUUCAUCUAAUGAAAAUCAAGACACGCGUCUCACUGUCAGUUUUUCAGUCAUUUGUACAAUCCACUCAGAGUCUCCUCCCUGUUCCAUUAGUCACUAAGAAGGUGGUUUCUACUACUAGAAUCUCCAAAACGAUUCGGUCGACUCCACCUGCAAUUAUCACCUGUCCCUGUUUGUCAUUCAUGAAGGCGUGUUCUUGGACUUCGCAAACUACAUGUAAUUGUCCUUCGUCACUAAGCACACACACACACACAGACCUACACUGUUCUGUCCUCAAUCAGCCUCAUCACUACCUGAUUAUGCUUAGAGUUCCAUCAUAUACACAAUCACAUAUACAUAUAUAAAUAAUAAAAUAAAAUUUAGAAAGAUAUAUAUAGAUAAAGAUAUAUAUAUACACCACACACUUUGCUCUUGAGUCAGCUUGCACACUUGGUGUAUUAAACUUGUAUCAGCUUUAAAGGCUUCCUAAACCCACGUGUCUUACUAACCCUUUGUACCAGUGCCUAAUACCUCAGAGAGCAGUGAAGUGAAGCUCAGGCUUUUGGUUCUAAACAUCUCUGCCUUUUUUUCCUAUUAAAAACGAAUGUCUUCACAGAUUGAAGAGAGUUUCUGAGUGGCACUGAAAGCAUAAAGCAAGACUGGAUGAAUACAAAGAUGGAGAAAGCUCAGACUAGGGUCAAUAUAUACGAGAACAAGUAAUGCUAGCGAGCUGAGGUGACAACAAUCAUAACUGUCUUAACAUGCACUUCUGCUCCAACUGAUGAAGUACUAAUCUGCCUGCUCCGGCAACCCUUUCUUAAUUAUCCUAGUUCUUGUUCUGUAAAGCUGCUUUGUGACACUGUACAAUGUUAAAAGUGCUACACAAAUAAAAUCGAAUUGAGUGGAAAUCGAAUUGAGCUGAAAUAUUAAAAAACGGUAACGUUGUUUUGCAGAAGCUAUGCAUGUUGCCUUAAACACAACUCACUAACUGACUAUUACUGUGACGCCCUGUCCGCAAAUUAUUUUCCAGUCGAUUGUUUUAUUUCCUUUUCUAAAUAAAUUCAGCACCUGAAAUAAAUGGUUGGUUAAAAACUAAAA